CCAUCGGGCGUUGGCCAACGCCAGUCUAACGCUGGAACGCGUCCGUAGAUGAGCUCGUAGAAUGUGGCUUUUCUCAAUCGAAGCGCUUAUUGCGCUGUUAACGUUGUUAGGCGGUGCAGUGUAUUACAUUGUGCGCAAACAGUCCUACUGGAAAGACCGUGGCGUGCCCCAUCUGAAGCCGGCCUUUUUCUUUGGCAGUUUCAAAAAUGCCGGCCAAACGGAACACUUCACGGACGGGGUGGUGCGACACUACGAAAGCCUCAAAGGAAAGCACCCUUUCAUGGGGGUGUACUUGCUCAUUUCCCCGGCCGCGAUGCCGACAGACCUCGAGCUGGUGAAGACGAUGCUCGUGCGCGAUUUCCAAAAUUUCCACGAUCGCGGGCUGUACUACAACGAGAAAAGUGACCCGCUAACGGCGCAUUUGUUCAAUCUCGAAGGUCAAAAAUGGCGCCAUUUGCGCAACAAAAUCACGCCCACGUUCACGUCCGGCAAGAUGAAGAUGAUGUUCCCGACGAUCGUGGCCGCUGGUAAGCAGCUGAAGGAGUUUUUGGAGCAAACCGUCCAGAAGCAGAACGAGCUCGAGCUCAAGGACGUUAUGUCGCGCUUCACGACGGACGUGAUCGGAACCUGCGCGUUUGGUAUCGAGUGCAACUGUAUAAAAAAUCCGGAUGCAAAAUUCCGAGCCAUGGGAAGGCAGUUCAUCGAGCGCCAGCCGUCACAGUUGGUGAAUUUGUUGAUUCAGUUCUCACCGAAGCUGUGCCGGUUGUUGGGUGUGCGCUUGAUCGACCGAGAGGUUUCGACGUUUUUCCUGGACGUGGUGCGCGAAACCAUCGACUACCGCGUGAAGCACGGCGUUGAGCGGAACGACUUCAUGGAUUUGAUGAUCCGAAUGUACCGGAACACGGAGAGCUCGGAAGAAUCGCUAACGUUCAACGAGGUGGCGGCCCAGGCGUUUGUGUUCUUUUUCGCCGGAUUCGAAACGUCCUCUACCUUGCUGACGUGGACGCUUUAUGAGCUGGCGCAAAACUCCGAGGUGCAGGAAAAGGGUCGACAGUGCGUGAACGAGGUACUGCAGAAGUACAAUGGUGAAAUGACUUACGAGGCCGUGAUGGAGAUGAAAUAUUUGGACCAAAUUUUAAAAGAGUCGUUGAGAAAAUACCCGCCAGUUCCGAUGCACUUCCGGGUGACGGCCAACGACUACCAGGUGCCGAACACGGACUCCGUAAUUACAGCCGGCACACCGGUGUUUAUUCCGAUUUUCGCAAUUCAACGAGACGCGGAUUUGUUCCCCGAGCCGCUUAAAUUCGAUCCCGAUCGGUUCAGCCCGGAAGAGGAGGAAAAGCGACAUCCGUUCGCGUGGACACCUUUCGGAGAGGGUCCGCGGGUUUGCAUUGGGUUGCGCUUCGGUAUGAUGCAAGCACGCAUCGGGCUGGCGUAUCUGUUGCAGGGCUUUACCGUCAGCGCGUACGAGAAAACCAGCAUUCCGAUGAAAUUCAUUGAAAACAGCUUCAUUCUGGCACCGAAAGACGGGUUAUGGCUUAAAAUUAAUAAACUGUAAGGGCUUCAAAGUUUGGCGCUGACAUAUCAAGUGAAGUUUGAGUGAUGUGUAAAUGUAAACGUAUUUAUGUAUUUUAUAUGGGUAGAAUGGAGAAAAGUGUACACCAUUGUAACAGGGUUUCGCUGAUAAAAAAAAUGCCUAACAUACCAGCUUUAUGUGAUAUAUUGUGAUGUGAGAAAAAUGAAUAAAAACGUACUGUAGCGGUGUAUUGUGCUACAGCAAGUGCCAUGUUCAAAAGGUGUCUUGUUUUCGUACCUCAGAAAGUGUGAAAUUCGAUAUCAAUACCCCCCCUUGAGUACAAACAAUCAGCU